AAAGCUGGUCGGUAUGAACAGCAUAAGUCUUCCAGCAUCAGCGGAGUAGUCGUAACAGCAACAAGUGUGAGUUACCUCCGUGCUGUAGUGAGAGACAACGAAUUCCUACUGCAGGCAUGGCUCGUCCUGCAACAUUGACCGUCCUUCUGCUGCUGCUCGUGCCGUUGGCGUGUGCUCGUCGAGAGAAGGGCAAGGAAGGACACCAACACCACCAUCAUCACCACCGCACAGAAGACGCCCAUCCCGGUGUUGACGGUGGUCCGACUGGGCUUGAGAAGAGACUCGAACAGCAUGAGAAUCACUUCCAAGGACUUGAGUGUUCUUAUAAUCACCUGGAGAAGUACGUGAUUGCCGUGUCUGACUACAUGCGGAACAAGUUUGGCCAGGGUGCUCCACAAUAUAUACCUCUGGAGAAAGGUUCCACUUGCAAUGAGGACGGAACUGUCGUACAAGACUGCAGCAAAGUGAGGGAGACGCACGCCUCUGCCAAAAGUGGAGUUUAUAGGAUUCGGCCGCAAGGUGCAGAGUCUACGUUCGAGGUGUACUGCUCAUUUGAAGCCGACGGUGCGUGGACAGUGUUUCAGCACCGCUUUGAUGGCUCCGUCCCCUUUGGAAGAAAAUGGAGCGAUUACAAGAAUGGCUUUGGCUCUCUGAAAGGUGAACACUGGCUUGGACUGGAGAAGGUUUACGCGCUCACCCACCAGGAGGGCAUUAGCUACACCCUGCGCAUCGAGGUGGAGGACUUUGAGGGCGAAAAGCGUAAUGCCAACUACGCCACGUUCAGCGUGGAUGGCGAGGAUGACGGCUACGCUCUGCACGUUGGCUCGUAUUCCGGCGACGCUGGCGACUCAUUCAAGGGCGACCGCAAGGCCGAGGACCAGAACGGUCAGAAGUUCAGCACCAUGGACAGGGAUGGCGAUGCCUGCAACCCUUGCAUCUUCGGAGACAUCGCGGUUGACAGCUGCAGCCGGGAGAGGACGCAAGCCGGCUGGUGGUACAGCAACUGCGGUGCGGCCGACCUGAAUGGCGACUGGCAUCCCAAGGGCAGCCACAUUGGAUGGGCUUCCAUGGUGGAGUGGCGUAUGUUCAGCAAGGUGGCUCCCUACUCGUUGAAGUCUAGUGUCAUGAAAAUCAAACCUCUAAUUAAAUGAGUGGGAGGUGGAGGUUGAUUUAAAAAAGGGGUUGCCUUUGCCGCAUGUUUGCUUCGCAGUGGAAUCUUCUUUCGUGUGGCAGGAUCAUUUAUACUCUUUGGUUCUUUCGGUAAAGUCACGUAGGUAUGAAAUAAUAUAAAUUAAAUCACGACGUUUCAGGUGCAACACAAGCCUUCCGUCAUCAGUUGGGACAACCAUGGCAAAAAACAAUUGCUGAAGUGGACAAAAGGGCUGCUGUAACAAGAGGCCAUAUCAGCAAGAGAAGGGGGGAGGAGCCAGGGAGGAGAGACAGGGAGGGUGGGGGUAUAAGGUAGGGGGAGUGGAGGCUACAAAUAAGACACAAGCUACGGCAAAAAAUGCCGGGGUGGGGAGGUGAAGUGGGCGGGGUUGGGAGUGGGAGGGUUAGAAUAUUGGAUAUGAAGGCAGACCAAAAGCAGUUAUGGUUUUACCUGGUUAAUAACAUCCUUCCAAUGAUUGCUCAAUCUGUAUCCAUCUUCCCGGUUGAAGUUAUGUCUGUUUAUAUAUCUGGAUGGCUUCAUGAACAAACCUUUGAUAGUAGCCCGAAGGUUUGCAGAGCACCUUGGUCUCGGAAAAAACAAUGAGAGCCCACAGCAUUAUAGCAAUGGUCAGCCACGGCGAAGGUAUUAGUUCUGCCGUGUUUCAGAUCUGCCUUGUGCUCACAAAAACGGUCUGAGACAUGACGUUUCCUUUUCCCAAUGCAACAAUCACCACAGGUGCAACUUCGUUUGUAGACUCCAGGAUAUUGCAUGUCAGGAAUGACAUCCUUCACAGAUGGGAUUAGAUCACGGAUUUUGUGUACUGUACUGAAUCGGACCUGGAUCUUGUGUUUGUUUAAGAUUUUGGAAAUAUUUUUGGUAACGCCUGCUAUGUAUCGUAACGUGAUGGUUUUGAUCGGCAUCUCAGGGGGUUGUUUCUCCAUGGUUGGAGAAACAGCUUUGCGGAUAAUGCGGUCCGAAUAUCCAUUCAUCUUAAGGGCCUGGUGUACGUGUUCCAGUUCACUGGCUAGGUGGUGUUGCAGGAGAAUGUAUUAACAAGGUUUUAUUCUCGUGUUUUGAGGUUGGACGGUGGUUUCAGGAGUAGCCUGCCUGCACGAAAGAAUUCGGUAGUGGCGUUACUGUAGUGUGGCCAAGCAUAGUUGCCUGUCUUCAUAACACGGCCUCGUCUUGUGUGAAUCCCCAGUGGCUGGGGCUCCACCCAGCCCUCUAAUCCCCCAUUUUCCCAAGAAAAUUGGGGCAAUCAACUCAUUUCUCUCAACCCCCAUACUUUGCACAGUCAGUGCGUGUUGCACAUGCAUCCAAAGUAAUCUAAUACAAUUCAUGCAGUUACAUGUUUAUAAUUAUCCCGUGAUGUAGGCGUUGGUAUAUAAUCUACACCUGUGACGAUAAAGCAACACCCUUAUUAUCGGUAGACUUCCCAUGUGUUACUUGGUUUGAGAAUGGCGAUGGCAGUUGCACUCUGGGCAUUUCUUAAUUGUACAUCCGGUCUAAGAGAUGGACCUACCUGCAGUGUGAUGUUCUAAAUGGAGAUCAACACAGACCAUUUGCAGUUACAUGAAACUUAAAUCCUCUAAUUUUUUUGGAGGACGGUUUAAUGUUUUCUUUGAAUGCUUCAAACUCCUGUUGAUGACAACCCAUACGUCGAGCUGCCUGAUUGACUAUGCAUUGUAUUAUGCUGAACCUUUACACGUGCGCUGACACUUUUUCACUGCUAUAUUGAGAUAAUUUAAAGAAUUAAUCUAGUUUGAACAAACCAAUGUUUUCUAAUUACCCUUUGUGAUUAAUGUAUGCAAUUUACUUGUUAUUUUAUGGUGUAGACAUGAUGGAAUAGAAGUGUACGGCCUGGCUAAAAUGUCUUCAAUAAAAUUGUGAAAGUUGAA